AUGCGAUACAUGUUCAACAAUUGUCAAGAUGCCAUGGCUAUUUGCAAAAGAUUUGGAUAUCCAGAUUUGUUUAUAACCAUGACCUGCAAUGCAAACUGGAAAGAAAUUCAGGAUUUUGUAACUCCAAGAGGUCUCAGGGCAGAUGACCGACCUGACAUUGUGGCUAGAGUUUUCAAAAUGAAGUUGAAUGAUUUGAUGUCCAAUUUGAAGAAAGGAAAAAUAUUUGGAGAAGUACAAGCAGGUACGUACACAAUUGAGUUCCAAAAAAGAGGGCUUCCACAUGCCCACAUCUUAAUAUGGUUGCAAGGUGAAGGGAAGCUUAAAACAGGGGAUGACAUUGAUAAGGUAAUAUCAGCUGAGUUUCCGGAUCCUGUGUUAUAUCCUGCUUUGUCAGCAGCAGUUUCAAAUUAUAUGAUGCAUGGUCCAUGUGGGUUUGCUAAUAUGAAUUAUGCCUGUAUGAAAAAUGGAAAGUGUGAGAAAUUUUUCCCAAAACAAUUUCAGAACUCAACUACAAUUGAUGAGGAAGGCUAUCCUAAAUACAGGAGAAGAGAUACUGGAGUUAGUGUUACAAAGAAAGACAUUGUGAUGGAUAAUAGGUAUGUUGUACCUUAUAAUCCAGAUCUCCUCAUGAGGUAUCAUGCCCAUAUCAACGUGGAGUACUGUAACAAGUCAAACUCCAUAAAAUAUUUGUUUAAAUAUGUAAACAAAGGUCCAGAUAGAGUUUCUGUUGAAAUUUCUAAUAGAGAUAAAGAUUCAAAUAAAGAAAAAGGUGUUGAUGAGAUAAAUCAGUAUUACGACUGCAAGUAUUUGUCUCCAUGUGAAGCAGCGUGGAGAAUAUUUGGAUUUUAUAUUCAUGACAAGUGGCCUCCUGUUAACAGAUUAUCAUUUCACCUUCCCAAUGAGCAGUCUGUUACUUUCAAGGAUCAUGAAUGGAUUGACACUGUAGUUGAAAGGAACCAGGAUAUGGACACUGAGUUUACAACGUGGUUCAAAGCAAAUCAGGAAUCCGAACUUGGGAAGGACCUAACAUAUGCAGAGUUUCCCCAAAGGUUUGUUUAUGAUGAAGACAAAAGAAUAUGGACUGUCCGAAAGAAAGGAUUUUCAAUUGGGAGGUUGAAUUAUAUUCCCAUGGGUACCGGAGAACUAUUCUAUAUGCGGGUCCUUCUUACAAUUCAAAAGGGAUGUACAAGUUUUGACAGCAUAAAAACUGUUAAUGGCGUACUAUACCAGACCUACAAGGAAGUGUGCUAUAUCUUGGGAUUGUUGAAAGAUGAUAGAGAAUACAUAGAUGGAAUAAAGGAGGCAAGUGAUCUUGGGUCUGGACCCCAAUUAAGAUGA